AUGCCUAAACCAGAACCACAACUUCCCCUCGGCAGCUCUUCGACAUUGCAAGGUUUUGCCGAGAGCUUUUCGUUUCACAAUUCGCCAGAGUCAUUCAUCACGUCACGCAUCCUCGCCUUCCAGAAAGAACACCCAGAAGCCAUAGAGAAUAGAGCAGUAGUUCGAGCGAAAGUGCUUAAUCGCAACGUCGCCAUAGUCUCUUCACAUGCGCAGAUUCAUCAAGUUCUUGCCCAGGAUGCAGCAGGGUACGAAGCCGGUGGCGCGUACGCUAAGCUGAUGGCGCCAUUCUUUCCAUCACCGAACCUGUUGCUGAUGGAUGGCGACAAACAUGCCUCUAUGCGCCAGACAUGGAAGACGAGAAUGGAGAAUUUGAGAGCGGUGCUACAUCCUCUAGUAUCUCGGCAGGCUGACCGACACUUCUCUGAACCGUCCGCAUCAGAGAUAGAUAUGUACGAGUCUUUGAAGAGACUUUCAUGGAAGAUACUACUCGGAGCGUUCCUGGACCUCGACAGCAAUGACGGCUUAUUCGACACAAUGGAGAGUUUGCAGGAAGACCUGCUUCGAGGCCAGUUCUCGCUGUUCCCGGUAACUGUCAACGCAGGCUUCUGGCAUUCGCCUCGCAAGAAGGGUAAAGAGGCGAACAAAAGGCUACAAGGCAGAAUUUCGCGUCAUCUGGAAGAAAACAAGAGUGCGUGUCCUUUCGCUACCGCGAACAAAGGCGAGUUGGAGGAUGUAGCAAAGCACUCGGUCCUUUUCACGAGCAGUCUCGCAGUUAAAGCGCUGGCUUCCCUCUUAACAGCUUUCCUAUUGAACCUAUUUUUGUACCAAACGAACGGUGGUCAGUCACUAGCAGAGGUUCUGGCUACUGAAGAUGAUCCUAAAAGGCUUUCGCUACGCCUGAGAGCCAUACUGAUGGAAACGGAGCGGCUUAGCCCGCCCAUUGUGGGCGUCAUGAGACAGUCUAUGAGAGAUAAUAUUAUCUCGUCACCUGAAGAGCAGGCAGACAUAAAAAUACCAAAGGAAUGGGACUGUUGGCUCUACUUCGUGGGCGGUGGCCGCGAUCAGACAGCUUAUGGGCCGACUUGGGACGUGUUUGACGCGAAUCGAUAUCUUGACAAGGAUAUGCCGCCAGGUGUAGCCUUCGGGGCGGGUCCAAAGACAUGUUUAGGUCGCGACAUGAUCCGCGAGAUUGCUCUAGCUGUGGCGGAGACAUUCGUACGCCUCAAUAUCAGCAUACAUGGCAAUGUUGCAUCGCGUGGGGUACGCGGUUGGCUGGGGUGGGAACGAAACGAUUCGGUGAGAGAAGAAGAUUGGGCUAGGGACAUGAAGCAGUUGCCCACACAAAGGCCGUCGGAACCUAUUAUGAUUCGGGUGUUGCGUAAUUCCUUCUCGAGAUGA